AAAUAAAAGACUUCCUGUUUUCUCCGUCAGGUUCUCCAGCAGAGCUCUCCCCCAGCACUCUGUCUCCUGUCAAUCACAGCAUGGGGUCCUCUGCUGCAGACCUUCAGCCGGUGACCUACUCCGAGCCGGCCUUCUGGUGCUCGAUAGCGUACUACGAGCUGAACCAGCGCGUGGGGGAAACGUUUCACGCCUCGCAGCCCUCGCUGACCGUGGACGGGUUCACAGAUCCUUCAAACUCUGAGCGCUUCUGCCUCGGCCUGCUGUCCAACGUCAACAGGAACGCCACUGUGGAGAUGACCCGGAGGCACAUAGGAAGAGGAGUUAGACUCUACUACAUCGGAGGGGAGGUUUUCGCUGAGUGCCUGAGUGAUAGCGCCAUCUUUGUCCAGAGUCCAAACUGCAACCAGCGGUACGGCUGGCAUCCGGCGACAGUGUGUAAAAUUCCUCCAGGUUGCAAUUUAAAAAUCUUCAACAACCAGGAGUUCGCGGCCCUGUUGGCUCAGUCGGUGAAUCAGGGCUUCGAGGCGGUUUACCAGCUCACCAGGAUGUGCACCAUCCGCAUGAGCUUCGUCAAAGGCUGGGGAGCCGAGUACAGGCGGCAGACUGUCACGAGCACUCCUUGCUGGAUCGAGCUUCACUUGAACGGCCCGCUGCAGUGGCUCGACAAGGUCCUGACCCAGAUGGGUUCCCCGUCUGCUCGCUGCUCCAGUAUGUCCUAAACAGCUAAAGAAACGCCCCAAAAAAAACAAAAAAAAUAACCGCAGCCCAUUACAUGAUCAUUAAAUUCCAAACAUGCGAGUCCUUUCAUAAAAAAACAACAAAAGGAAAACCCCCACAGAAUGAAUUUUCUGUCACGUUCUUCAUAGUAUUUGUGGCCCAGUUCCACAUCCCUCUUUUACCUUUACACACACACACACACACACACACACACGAACAAACGCACCCACACCGUCGCACACACACAUGCAUACAGACUUUUCAGUAAAAACAAAAAAAAAAUCGGCACUUUGUUACCCAUCUAUGUCAUGCACCUUGUUAAAUUGCUUUCCCCCAAAUCCUUAAUAUUAGAUCUAUUUGUGGUACAAAUGAAAAUGUAUAUUGGUUUUUAGUCCAGGAAGUAGGGGAAAUACCAAAAAUAUCUGUGAAUAGUUUCUCAGUAUUGAAGAUUGCUUGUAUGAGUAACACAAGCUUGAUUGCUCAAAUUAUGUGUUCUUGUUCCUAUCCCACCCCAACCAUUGUUCUGAUCCUAAGUUUACUUUUCUCUGGGAAAUAGUCAGGAGGGAUUUUAGCGGUGGCUCUGGGUGAAGAAAAACGAUGGCCUUGGUGGAAACGCCACAAUGUGUUUUAUGGAAAAUUUUAAAAUUCGCCCUUUCUUUUUUUGUACGUGUGUCGUUAUAAGACAUACUUCUUUAAUGGACAAAUAGGAAUGUUAAAGUAUAAAGUAAUUCCAAAAAGAAAAAACCCCAAACUGCAAACUCGAUCUGGAUGUAGUUUAUUUCUUUGUCAUUAUAUGGCACUCUAGUUAAAAUCCCCGCUGAUUAGCCUGGUAUUGGAGCUAAUGAGAGAGGUGCACUGGGCAGGGACCAGAGGAAAUCAGCUGGUAUUAAAAAGCUUUUUUUGACUCGACACUGGGAGUCCUGGGGCUCUCCGACGAGGGGGGGGGGGGAGCUUUAAAACGCCAGGAGAAAUUGAAGGUAUCAUUCUGUUUUUAGCCUAUAUCCCCAUUGUUUUGCUACUUUUUUGUAUUCUCAUGUAUUUUUAUAUAUAAAUAUACUUAAAAUUUCUCUGUCGUUCACUUUUUAUUAAAGUAAUAUUUUCAAGACCACAGCUGUUUCUAAAAAGGAGGGCAUGGAUCAUUCCUUUUUCCGUUUUACCCUAAAAAAAAUAAUUAGUUUGUCUUGAUAUUAAAAACCUCUCACUGCCCCCACAUGAUGUGUUUCUAUCCUUUUUUCCCAAAGAAAUCUGGUGCAUUUUAAGUACUCCUUUCCUUGUAAUGCUUAUAAUGAUUCCAGAGGCAUGUAAAAAACAAACUUUGUAAUGGCCAUUCAUUCAGUCAUCUCUUUUAUUAUUAUUAUUUUUGAAACACACGUGACCUCUUGUAGCCUUUUGGUGCUUAGAAACAAUUGGCUUUUAAAAUGUUACAGAAGAAGACCUGUGUGUGUUAAUGUGUGUAUCUGUCGUUAAAAUACAGUAUGUACAACAAGACUUAUUAGCUUCAACUCUGCCAUUUUUUGUCAUUAUGUGGCUGUUGCGAGUUUAUGACAUGUCCCCUUCCUCCUCCCUUUUCUCCCCCCUUAUUUUUGAUGUACAUGUGUUUACCUUACGGCACUAGUGAUUGUACUUUAAGUGCACCUAGUGGCGUUUGGAUUUUGGGGAACUGAACCGUGUGUUAGGGUCCAGUGUUACAUUGUUUUUAUCUUUGGCCUCCAACAUAUGAAUGUGAAAAAAAAAUGACAUUACAAAACCUGAACGUGGACCAGACGUACAUAUACAUAACAGUAGUACAGUAUGUGUGUAUUUAACAGUAAUCUUUUUGCAAAGCAGUCAGUACAGUAGAUGUCGCAGUUGUUUUACCAGUAGAGGGCCGUAUUGAUAGAGCAGUUCUUUUUUUUUUUUCUGACCAUAAGCUUCUCAGGCGUGUGGCAUAUUAUGCAGACUUCAUAAAACACUAAUAAAGAUUUUUAUUCUCAUGA